AUGACAAUUGGAGGCAUGACUCAAUUUUUGGAAACCCUUGAUGGAAAGUUCACCGCCGUUAUACCUAGUUGUGAUAAUUUGACACACGAGGAGCUUGGACCAGGUAGAACCAAAGCAAUCAGAGAUGAAUCUUUCAAAGACGGGUUGGUAUACUCAUACGAGAAAACAUUCAUGGUCAAAUGGUUGGAAAGACUACCAGAAACCGAUCUUGCAACUCCGGGAAAAGACACAGUCAAGUCAACCCAGGAAAUUGACACUCAUGUUUCAAAGGCCACGACGGGUUUUACAAGUCGGGUUCCCGAUUUAAGGUCCUACAUCAACAGAUUGCGUGGAAAAUAA